CCAGAGGGCUGCUGAGCCCAGCCAGGCUGUAUGCCAUUGCUGCUGAAAAAAAGGAUUUUCAAGAGGAAUCCACUUUUUCUCCCAGGAGGAAUAUCAGUCAAUUUGAUUGGGCUCUAAUGAGACUAGAUAAUUCUGUCCGAAGAACUGGCCGCAUUCCAAAGACCCUUCUACAAAAAGUCUUUGAUAACACAUGCCAUUCAGGUAUUCCAGGUGGUAAUCAAGCCUUGCUCCUGCUUCGCAGCUGUGGUUCUCUCUUGCCUGAACUAAAGCUCACAGAGAGAACAGAAUUUGCUCAUAGGAUAUGGGACAAGCUUCAGAAAUUGGGUAGUGUGUAUGAUGUGAGUCACUACAAUGCUUUACUUAAAGUCUAUCUUCAAAAUGAACAUAAAUUCUCGCCAACUGAUUUCCUGGCAAAAAUGGAGGAAGCAAACAUUCAACCAAAUCGAGUGACAUACCAGAGACUGAUUGCUGCUUUUUGUAAUGUGGGAGAUAUUGAAGGUGCCAGCAAGAUUCUUGAAUUUAUGAAGACUAAGGAUCUUCCAAUCACAGAGGCUGUGUUUAGUGCCCUUGUCACAGGGCAUGCAAGAGCUGGUGAUAUGGAGAAUGCAGAAAAUAUUCUCCCUGUAAUGAAAGAGGCUGGAAUUGACCCUGGUCCAGACACAUACCUAGCAUUAUUGAAUGCCUAUGCCGAGAAAGGUGACAUUGACCGUGUUAAGCAGACACUGGAGAAGGUGGAGAAAUCUGAGCUUUACGUUUUGGACCGUGAUUUAUUGCAAAUUAUUUUUAGCUUCAGUAAAGCUGGUUAUCCUCAGUAUGUGUCAGAAAUUUUGGAGAAAAUUUCAUCUGAAAGAAGAUAUAUUCCAGAUGCAAUGAACCUCAUUUUGCUUUUGGUCACUGAAAAAUUGGAAGAUACAGCAUUGCAAAUUUUACUGGCAUGUCCUGUAUCAAGGGAAGAUGGUCAGGCUGACUUUGGCAGUUUCUUUUUACAACACUGCGUGAAUAUGAAUGUGCCUGUGGAGAAGCUGACAGCCUACUGUAAGAAGUUGAAGGAAGCCCAGAUGCACUCAUCUCCUAUGCAGUUCACCCUCCAUUGUGCUUUACUAACCAAUAAAACAGAUUUGGCAAAAGCUCUGAUGAAGGCUGUGAAGGAAGAAGGUUUUCCUGUCCGAACUCACUAUUUCUGGCCACUGCUAGUUGGAUAUCAGAAGGAGAAAAAUGUUCAAGGUAUAAUUGAAGUUCUCAAAGAGAUGCAGGAGUUAGGAGUAGAUCCUAGCCAGGAAACAUAUAUAAAUUAUGUGUUUCCAUCCUUCGAUAGUGUAAAGUCAGCACGUGCUAUCUUGCAGGACAAUGAAUGCCUACCUAAAAGUCAUACGUUUUCUCAAGCUGAAUUGAGAAGUGAAGCAGUAAAUGGGAACUUAGACUAUGUUUUAUCAUUUUUGGAAUCAAAUACAUUCCCUUUCUCCUUUAAUUCUUUGAGAGGCAGCCUAAUUCUAGGCUUUAGAAGGUCUAUGAAUAUAAACCUUUGGAGCAAGAUAACAGAAUUGUUGUACAAGGAUGGACGUUAUUGCCAGGAGCCUCCAGGACCAACGGAAGCUGUUGGCUAUUUUCUUUAUAACUUGAUUGACAGCAUGAGUGACUCAGAGGUACAGGCCAAGGAGGAGCGUUUGAGACAAUACUUCCAUCAGCUGAAGGAGAUGAAUGUAAAAAUUCCUGAAAAUAUCUACAGAGGCAUUCGUAAUCUCCUGGAUAGCUACCAUGUUCCUGAAUUGAUUAAGGAUGUUAAUAUGUUGACUGAGAGAGAGAAGAUAGACUCUCGAAAAACUGUGCAACCUACAUCAUCUGAGUUGGAGUCUACACUUGAAACACUAAAAGCUGAAAAUCAGCCUAUAGGAGAUGUCCUAAAGCAACUCAUAUUAUUGCUUUGUUCAGAAGAGAAUAUGCAAAAAGCCCUAGAAUUGAAAGCAAAAUAUGAAUCGGACAUGGUUGUUGGUGGCUAUGCAGCUUUAAUAAAUUUAUGCUGUCGACAUGAUAAUGCAGAAGAUGCACUGAACUUGAAACAAGAAUUUGACCGUCUAGAUUCAUCUGCUGUCCUUGACACCAGCAAGUACGUAGGCCUUGUAAAAGUAUUGGGAAAGCAUGGCAAGCUCCAAGAUGCUAUUAACAUUCUAAAGGAGAUGAAAGAGAAGGAUGUUCUUAUCAAAGAUGCAACAGUCUUGUCCUUUUUCCAUAUCCUGAAUGGCGCAGCUUUAAGAGGUGAAAUUGAAACAGUAAAACAGUUGCAUGAAGCCAUCCUGACUCUAGGGUUAGCAAAACCAUCCACCAACUUAAGUUCCCCAUUGGUCACUGUGUACCUGGAAAAGGAUGAUUUGCCUGCUGCUCUUGAAGCCACUAUUAACUGCUAUGAGAAAUAUAAGAUACUACCAAGGAUUCAUGAUGUCCUGUGUAAACUGAUAGAGAAAGGCGAGACUGAUCUAAUCCAGAAAGCAAUGGACUUUGUGAGCCAAGAACAAGGUGAAAUGACGAUGCUAUAUGAUCUCUUCUUUGCCUUCCUACAAACAAGAAAUUACAAAGAGGCCAAGAAGAUCAUUGAGACUCCAGGCAUUAGAGCGCGGCCUACAAGACUUCAGUGGUUUUGUGACAGAUGUAUUACAAGCAAUCAGGUUGAAACUCUGGAAAAAUUAGUGGAGCUGACACAGAAGCUAUUUGAAUGUGAUCGAGACCAGAUGUACUACAGUCUGCUAAAACUAUAUAAAAUAAAUGGUGACUGGCAAAGAGCUGAUGCUGUCUGGAAUAAAAUGCAAGAAGAGAAUGUUAUUCCCCGUGAGAAGACCUUAAGAUUAUUAGCUGAAAUCCUUAGAAAUAGUAAUCAGGAAGUUCCAUUUGAUGUGCCUGAGCUGUGGUAUGAAGAUGAGAAACAGUCCCUGAGUUCUUCAUCACCCUCAUCUGUAGAAUUUGAUUUCCAUAAAGAGCUGUCACAUGCCUGCCGAUGGAAGAGAGACAAAGAUGCAUAUAAUAUUUUCCUGAAAGCAAAAGCAAAAAACACUGUGUUUAACACCGAAACCUACAGCAAUAUCAUAAAAUUACUAUUGUCGAAGGAGUGUCUUCCACAAGCAAUGGAAGUGAAAGAUUUCGCUGAGACCCACAUCAAGGGCUUCACACUGAACGAUGCUGCCAACAGCCUCCUCAUCAUAACGCAAGUUAGGCGGGAUUAUUUGAAAGAGGCUCUGACAACAUUAAAAACAGCCUUGGAUCUGCACCAGGUCCCUUUCAGGAUAGCUGUGACACGUCUCAUCCAGGCGUGUGCCCUGAAGGGUGAUGUGCAAAGCAUAGAAACCAUUCAGAAGAUGGUACAUGGGCUGGAAGACUCCAUUGGACUUUCACGUAUGGUUUUCAUCAAUAACAUUGCUUUGGCACAAAUAAAGAACAAUAACAUAGAUGUUGCAGUAGAAAACAUUGAAAGCAUGCUUACUUCAGGGAAUCAAAAUGUGGAACCCCAAUACUUUGGCUUGGCAUACUUAUUCAGAAAAAUAAUAGAGGAGCAGCUGGACCCAGCAGUUGAAAAGAUAAGCAUCAUGGCAGAGAGAUUGGCCAAUCAGUUUGCAGUUUACAAGCCUGUCACUGAUUUUUUCCUUCAGCUUGUGGACGCCGGUAAGGUGGAUGAUGCCAGAGCCCUCCUACAGAGAUGUGGUGCCAUUGCUGAACAAACCUCAAUUUUGGUGGUGUUCUUUGUUAGAAAUUCUCGGAAGCCAGGAAAGAUACCAACUCUGCACUCUUUGUUGGAAUUGAUUCCUGAGUUACGUGAUCAGGAAACAGCAUAUGCCUCCCUCAUGAAAAGCUAUGUCUUGGACAAAGAUGUCACAUCUGCUAAAGCACUGUAUGAACACUUGACUGCGAAGAACGUCAGCUUGAAUGAUCUGUUUCUCAAGCGUUACGCGCUUCUGCUGAAGAACGCUGGGGAGUCCGUCCCCUUCACUGAGCCCCCUGAAAGCUUUGAAUUUUAUGCAAAGCAGCUCAGAGAAUCAAAUGAAAGCCCUUCGUGAAAUAAGCACGACUUCAUUUUGUGUAUAUUUGUGAUUCUGUGUCUACAUGUUAUUUUUGAAUAUAUUUGAGAGGAAAAAUAAAUGAGAAGCUACUUUAUAUACUUUUAUUUGUAGUGCGUAUUCAGUAUCUUGUUGACAAUAAGUGUUACUCUUACUGGAUUUUUGGAGUAGUUUCUGCGCCAUAAAUCCACAGCAUUUUCUUUAAUGUUCCUGAUGUGUGAAGCAUCAUUUCAGGGUUCUUCUCCCAGUUGAUGCUUUUGUUUCCCUGCUCUAUCUCCUUCAAGCGUCACUCCCUUAUUUAGAGCUCGCUUGUGAGUUUUGUUUACCUGGAAAAUGUUGGUGCUGGGUGGAAUGAUGCUCAGUGAGCUCCAAAUGCCUCGUAUCCUGUAACAGCUGCUGACCUGCGGGAAGUCCUGCGUGAUUUUCUAAUUCUGUAAAGCGUCGGCUCUAGGAGUCACCACAUCCAUGCUUCGUCACUUUCCACUAAGAAGCAGAGACCCAAGAGACUGUCGCUUGCCCUUGGUCAGGGGCUGUUGGCCAAUGCCAACUGCCGCGGUGGCUUCCAUGUCCCUCUUUGUGGAAGCAGAGCAGUGUGUUUCCUCAUGCUUUGACUGCACAGCCACACACUGCAGCAGGCCUGCUGCUUAAUACUCAUAUCCUGAAAAUAUGUGAUUUCCUGUUUGAAGGGGUGAAGUCUUGGUUUGUGUUCAGUUUGGAGAAAUAAACGUUAUCCCCAUAUUGACUUUCAUGCCUGUUGAUAUCUACACUAUAAGUAAUUACUCCAAAAAAAAAAUUUAAGAUGGGUCAUCAAAACAGUUACCAUUACAACGGUGUCCUAACAUGGAAUAUUGACCUGUUAGGGGAUGAGUCAUUAAUUACCAAAAACAUUGAAAAUGUUUUGAGAAUUAUUCUCACUUGGGGGUAGUCCGUUUGAAUUUGGUGACUGCCUUCUCCUCCAGCCUCAGUGCUGACUUGGUUCCCAGGGUUUACAUCAGGGGAGACCUUGCCUUGGAGGCUGCACCGGCCUCUUGCUCGUCGAGCUGUUAACCUUCUGCCUUGUGGGACCCACCCUCCUGCACGAGCACCUCCUUCAAUGCUGUUUCAUGGAAUUGGACUUACGGAAGCAGGGGGCUCGGCCACUGCUGAGUCCCAGAGCCGAGUACAUAGUGCAGCUCUUCAGGUGCAAGACCUGUACGUGUUAGAGUUCUGCUGUUGUCUGCUGAUUCAGGAGUCUCACCCCUGUGCACCUGUCUUUAGUGGUUCCCUGAGGCCUUAUUUGCAGUCCUGCUAACCACAUGUUAGUUGGACCAAGUUUAAUUGACAUUGAAAUAGGUCUGUAAGGUGAGGCGUCACCGUGGGGCAUAAUCUGAACUUCACAAUCAUCUUGGGGGAAACUGAACAUGCAUGCAAAUCUCAUGUGCAUGCAAGGAUGCCCAGCCAGUUCUGGUAAAGUAUGGAUCUGGCACAGGAAAUAGAUAAACCCUCUUGCCUAGCACUCUCAAAGCAGAUAGGAGCACUGAAAUAAGUGUUAACAACAGACUGCAGCCAAAUAUCCUUAGCACUGUAUUGGUUUCCCUUUUGCAUGUAAAUACUUAAAGUAUAAUAAUUGCAUAUUCCAGAUGCUUUCUAAAAUAGCUUAAUUGAAAUAAUAAAAAUAGCAGAUAAAACUUAGCAGCUCUCUAUAUUACAUUUAGACUCCAAUCAGAAGCAAACAUCUGAUUCUAACAUGUCAUCAUAGACUUUUGGAAAGUAUAGUAUUUUUUUAAUAUACGUGUAUUUGGACUCAGUAUAAUUUUAAUGUGUGAAAUGCUUUGAAUAAAGUAUACUCCAAAUAUC